AUGGGACAUUAUACUUUGUUCAUACGCUUAGUGUGUCCGGUUCUCGUAAUUUUAUCGGAACUUACGUCGAUCGAAGGCAACUCUAAGAGCACGCAGAGGAACCUAUUUCGCGUGCCAUCGCGACGAGCUCCUCGAAGUGCAUUGGUUGAGGAAAAUGAUAGCGGUACUGCAACCAAUGCGUUCGCUGAUGGUGAAAUGGACAGUUACCAAGGUUUGGUUGGCCGUCCCGGUAUUGACUUUCCAGUUCUAACACACAUUCCGAAGACAAUUUUCGAUUGCAAAAAUCAUGGAAAUGGUUACUUUGCCGAUUUAGAAACACGUUGCCAGGUGUUUCAUAUAUGCGACGAUGGAAAAAAGAUCUCGUUUCUUUGCCCAAACGGUACGAUCUUUAGACAGCUUGAUUUGAUUUGCGACUGGUGGUUUAAAGUUGAUUGUGCUGCGACACCGAACCAUUUUGCCGAAAGUACCGAAAUGCUUACUCAAGCGAAAAGAGCGCGCUUGCAAAGUAAGCAUCCAGUACCCCAACCAAUCACUCAAAGCGAUGAAAGACUUACACUGAACAUCCAGGACAAGCGGUUGCUGCUAGGAAACACGAACAAUUUUCGGAAUGCUAAAACGCCGGCACGUAAUACCCUCGAACUGAACAGACGAAUGGAUCGAAUCGUAUCAGCCGAAUCGAAUGGUUUUGGUUCUACAAGAAAUGGCAAAACUUUAAAAGAUAAUACUGAUAAAACAUAUUCGGUGGAUGAAAUACAGGACACUGCACAAAGUGCGUCGUUUGCCUCAAUAGCGAACAAAAUGUUCAACACGUAUUAUGCGCAAGAACAGCUUUUGAAAGAUCAAACUAACGUCAACAAACUAAGACGAACGGAGUCCAAUGGGGAAGAUUCACAUCGUGAUUACCUCUCGGCAUUGUCAAAAGAUGGACGAGAUGAAAAUAUCAGCAGCAGCAGCAGCAGCAGCAGCAACAACAACAGACAUGCGAUGAAUUACAUGCCUUACACAACUGCACGAAAACUGAAUCUAAAUAGCAAAGUUACGCAAUUUUACACUCCAACAGUACCCACGUUCACUACCAGUACGAGAACAACAACGGUGGGAGCAAUAACUGAGGAUGCCAUGGUCACGACAAAGGCCACAACAAUCAAUGGUUUCAUCAGCGGUGGACCCGUCGGAUCCCAGAGCUUCAGCAACCAAUUCACUCACCCAAUACGGCGUGAAGGUACUGCCGACGAAGAGACGAUAAUGGAUCAUGCCAUGGAAAUUAUGCAAACUAUCAAAAAUCUAAAAAUUGACGAAUCUGCAAGUAAUGGCGAUGCAGCGAAACAAACCAUAGAUGAAGUGAUGGCUACCGCUUCCACCAAUACAUUCAACGGUCCGUCCAUUACGUUCUCUACGAUUGCAUCGCCGGCAAAGACUUCCUUCGAGUUUUUGCAGCAACCAUCGGGGAUUGGUCCAAACAUUGAUCGUUUCAGAAGGAUGCGCAUUGUGUCCGAGCGUAGGCCCCAGGUUGAUGUCGGACAUCGAUCACUCCUUACACGCACCACUUUAAAUGAAUACGAUCGUCUGUUUCAAACGAGAAAUAAUGAAAACGGUGGAAACCAUAUAGACGAUGUGCACGGUCACGAUCACGAUCAGUCGGAGACGGAGUUCUACAUGGAUUCGCAGAUGGAACACGAUCUGGAAGGUCAAUCUUCAAGGUACCCCGUGUUUGGAAUGUCAAACUCGACACAGAUACGUGAACUGGCACAGAUAUUUACUCAUGCCUUGUCGGCCUACCUUCAAGAUCCUGUGACAUUUCGUCGCAUACUUACUGAAAUUCGCCCGAAAGCACCAGGAACGCAAACGGCCAACAAAUCGUUUACGCUCGAACGAUCGCUCGCUACCGGCGAAUUGGAGACUAAUGUUCCAUCCUUACUUGAAACUACCACAUACUCGUCAGUCGAUAACUCAAUUCAAAACGCUCGUCUGCAGGAUGGAGAUAAUUAUGAAGUGCUAGACUUCUCCGAUUUAUCGACCACAACUACUACCGGCAACCCUUCGGAAAAAGAAACAACUGUUCUAGAUACCACAACAACACUACCGACAACCACGGUUGAUAGUAAUACCGAUUACAACAGGGUUAGCUUUAAACCAGAAGAUAUUUCCAGAAAGCAGGGUAAGAGUUUGUCGAUCAAGUUUAUAACUAACAGUCGCAAUGAACUUGCCGAUGAAGUGAACAGUGAACUAGGUACACCGGCUUCCUUCAGCUAUACUAACCGCUUCGCGGAUCAAGCCAGUGCAGAGGGUCAAAAUAACAGAGAGGCUGGCGAUGUCACAUCGACCAUAAUAAACCGUUUGGACACAAAAGCACCAACAAUUUCUAGUGCGUUGCCAACCGCAACAGCUAAUGCUGUGACUGAACCAGUACCGGCUCCUCAAUCGAUUCUUAAACCACCGGUAAUAACAAGCAGUCGGUAUUCCGCGGAGAUCAAGCCAAAAACCACCCUUGUACUGGAAGACGACGAACAGUUGCAACGGGCUCAAAGCGAAUCGAUCGUAUCUAGCCAAAACAAUCGACCAAUUUACGAACGAAACAAGUACAGUGUCAUUAGUUUGCAUAAUUUUAGGGACAAUCCCACAACCGGAGUUACAUCUGGCUCAUUGGGGAACCAGACGCCCAUCGCUACUGUCCAACCUGCUGCCAAUUCGCAACAAGAAGCUAACGGGAUAGUGCCAUUAUCUCGUACCACAAUGUCUUAUACAGUAUUUUUUGAUCCUUUAACUAUUAACGAUGAGCUAAUGGAGUUGGAAAAACCAAAACCAACAGCAGCUCAUAUACCAGCAAUUCAUAUGGUUCGACAAUAUGGAUGGAACGGAACACUGCUCAAACCAGAUGCUAGCACGCCUAAUGUAGCAGCGGACGAUUAUUCUACGUCACUGAUGAGUGAGAAUUUGCGCGAAAAUUCUACGCUUAUGCAGAAGAAGGCAAACGAAAUGUUUGGUGAGCUAAACGAUGCACAGGCAGAUAAACUGAUGAGUGCAAUUAAAAUGGCCGAUAAGGAUAAGUCGAUGCGUCGAUUGAUUUUGCUUUUGAUACGUACUUGCGACGACACUCCAACCAGUACGAAUGAAGAAUCGCGCAAAGCAUUGCUGGAAGCGCUAAUCAACAUUGGAGGUGUGAUGAACACUCAAAGUGCGGAUGAUCUGCGCAUCAUAUCGGACAGCCAAACGCGUGAUGCAGACUAUCGUCGGGGCAAAGAGAUUGGGUACAAUAGAGAUACAAAUUUGUUGUACGCUGGUUCGCCCGAUAAAUCGACCACUCCAAAUAUGGCGGCAACGACAGAAAACUAUGCAAAAGUUUUGACGGGCUCAAACGAUGGCAGCAACAGUGAAGAGCCGCGCGAUAGUCAAGAACGCUUUAAUAGUGAAGAAUGGUUGAAAGGUAAUGAUGUGCAAACUACCGAGGCCACAACCAAGAUGUCUUUGGCAUCGGGCGAGGGACAAACCAACUAUCUACCGAAUACUGUCACCACCCAAGCCAGAUGGGCAUAUGACUAUGACAAUACCAAUCAGCCGCAAUCGACCACCACACCGUACCCGUCUACAGUAGGGCAAACAACUGUUGAUAGCAGUAGUUCAACUGUAUUUACUACGAACGCAGAACCCACCGUGACUACUACAUUAACAGCAAAUCCUACUUCAGAAUCGUCGGACAAUCCUAGUUCAACAGCAAUUCAAACUACUGUUGACGCAAUCGAUACAGAGUAUAGAUCAGUAGAGUCCCUAGAAUCAGAUAGCUCUUCCGAAAUUAAGCCACCUUUUGUCGUAUCUCAGCGUUUACCAAAAGACCUUUCAAGUUCACUAGGCUAUCCUUCAUCGAAAAAGAGCAAACACAAUUCUGCACACAAUUCUGAUACGCGAGCGCUCGAGUUACUGAAAUCGCUAUACUCUUUGGCGGCGAGAUGGGGCUAAAUUUAGU